GCCGGCUCUCGCGAGACUUGCCGGAAGUCAGCGCGCGGGGGCCGGCCUUCGCGAAAGCUGGAGCUGCGGGUGGGGAACAUGUCGGAGUCAGAGCUCGGCCAGAAGUGGGACCGGUGCAUGGCGGAUGCGGUUGUGAAGAUCGGUACUGGUUUUGGAUUAGGAAUCGUCUUCUCGCUUACCUUCUUUAAAAGAAGAGUGUGGCCGUUAGCCUUUGGCUCUGGCAUGGGACUGGGGAUGGCCUACUCCAACUGUCAGCACGAUUUCCAGGCUCCGUACCUUCUCCAUGGGAAAUAUGUCAAAGAGCAGGAGCAGUGACUUAAACCCGACAACAUCCCUGUGGGGGGAAGAGAGAUCACGUUUAUUCCUCAGGAAUACUGAAGUGCCCUGGAGUAAGCCGACAUCCUCUGUAACAAUGUUAUCAGUAACGCUUUCAACUCCAGCACACUGCUUAUGUAUUUGAAACCAAGUAUGUUUUUUGUUUUGUAUAUUCUCUCUGGAAAUUGUAAGGAGAUGGUCUUGAAGGAAAUAAAUUAAACAAAAAUAGGAA